AUUAUACUUUACUACAAAGCAUAACACAUUCAAGAGUGUGGUAAUAUGAUAUAAACAAAUAAAAGAACAUACGGGAAAAAGAAACAGGAAGUUAAACAGGUAUUAUGCACAUUUGAUGCUGCAAAAAACAAAACAAAAAAAUGGUCGGCUGGAAAGAAGGUGUGCCCGAGGCACCGCCUCCUCCUCCUCCUCACUGUUGCGCGCAUGCACGCACACACACACACCCAUAAGUCAGACAGGCGUGCAUGCAGAUAAGCAGACUAGAACAACUCCUGAGGGUCUUUGGUGGGCCAAUGUGACAGGACGACACUGACAUAAGACAUUGACCGAGUGUGAGGUGGUGCUGCUGUCCGCAGGGAUGUCCAGAGCCGUGAGGUCGGCCUCUCGGUCGCCAAGCCACUCCAGGUCCAGGUCAAGAUCACGGUCACGAUCGCACUCGAGAUCCCGGUCCACUUCUCAGUCCAGGAGAAGUCACUCCAGAUCUCGCUCAAGAAAACAUCGCUACAGCUCUAGAUCUCGGUCUCGAUCACGGUCACGUUCAAGAUCUCAAUCUCCACUUUAUAACCGUGAGAAGAAAUACUUCAAAGGAUACCAGAACAAUCGGGAGUUCCGGGGCUACCACCGUGGCUUCCGGAGGCCGUACAACUUCCGAGGCAGAGGACGGGGCUACUUCCCACGUGGACGGUACCAGCGUGGAGGUGGAGGUGGUGGCGGCGGCGGCGGGAGAGGCUAUCAUAAUAACAAUAACAAUAACAGUAAUCAUUUCCGUGGCAACUGGAAGAAUUACAAACAGAAUCCACAGAAGCAACAAAAGCCGCACAAUCAAAACCAGUACAGAGGGCGGCCCCAUCUCCAGAAAUUCUCCGGCAGCCCUUCUCCGGGACACUCUCGCCAGUCUGACCGAUCCAUUUCUCCAUUAUCCAGGCAAUCACAGCAUUCUAAUGCUUCCUCUCACUCCUCUUCUCCCAAAAGUAGGCCAACCUUGUUACCGGCUAAUGAAAAUUCUAAGACCGUGAAAGAGGAUCUUUUGGACUCCAAGGAGAUCCAGAAACAAGGGGCUGAUGUAGACCAAAUUGAGGCGGGAGACGCCAAAGAAGGUCAAAUCGGUGAGGAACGUGAGCGAGACUGGGAAGGUUUGACGGACUGUACCAACAGUCCAAAAAGAGCCAGUCCUGCAAAUACUGCUGUUGUUGUUGCUGUUGCUCAGGACCAGCAAAACUCUGACCUGGCGUGCAAGUCCCCUCAAAACAUAAACGACACCAGCAAUAGCUCCCCCUCGUGGCAGACUGUGUGUAAUUCAUCCUCUACAGAAAACCUUUCACAAGAAGCGCUAAAUCAAAUGCUGUCCAGCCUUGACAUCUUCAACAGUGAGGAAUACCGAGAUGGGGAUAAAACUGCCAUCACCAUUGCUUUCAGAAAGUUUUUGAAGGAGCACAAUAAAAUAUCUAAAUCCACUCGAGGAAAUGACAGGUGCAAAGAUGCAAACACAAAAGUUACAGAUAAAGUCAAUAUUAACGGUCAAGCACCUGCUAGUAUUACUGGACCGUUAUCGAAGCGCUACAAAGAAGACACUGAUGGUGAAGUGCCUCCAGAUCAUUUGUUGACAGCUUCUUGUAUGUCUGACGAGGAAGACAAGGAGGUGAUAACCAAGCCUCAUUUAAAGUCUGUUCAAAAAGACAAGCACAAUGGGGAUGACUCCUGUACUAAGUCCAAGGUCUCUCAGCCUGUGUUUGAUGAGUGCUUGGACAAAUGGCGCAGUCUUGUAGCUGACGGUGAGGUGAACACCACGAGAGAUGAGAUGUACGCCAAUCACAAGUCAGCCGCUGUGACCGCCGCCAUCGCUCGGCGGGAAAUGGUGGGGGAUUUUGAAGAAUCGGGUUGCAAACCCAGGAAGAUGUCUAAAUCUGCCUCCAUGUCAUCUCCCACGCCGCCACUGAGGCAGAUGCUGAUGGUCACGGGAGAGGACAAGUCUCUGUUGUCCAUCAGAAAACCAGAGACAAAGAUUAACGUCAGAAUGGAUUUCCUUGGGGACAGCUUGAUAGGAACUUCAGAGAUUUUAGCUCAGGAGCGACAGCUGUCUCAGGACCUGGUUCAGUCUUCAAAGAGGGGUCAGGAGUUUCACUCCAUCUUUCAACAUGUUCAGGCCGGUCCACCGCAGAGAACUCCCUCUGAACUUUUUGCUCAGCACAUUGUUGCUAUCCUGCACCACAUCAGAGCUCAGCACUUUGCAUCGUCGAGAAUGACUCUUAACGAGCGCUUCACCGUGUACCAAAGGCAAGCCGCGCAGAAGGAAACCAUGAAGCCAAGGCAAAGUCCAGAGAUUCACAGGAGAAUUGACGUUUCACCAAGUGCUUUUAAGAAACACACUCAGGUUUUUGAGGAAAUGAAAAGCUCAGAAGAUGGCACUUACAAGAACGUUGGGGAAAAAAUGAAGGCUGACCCAAUGGACCUACGCUUGGAUAUUGAGCGCCGUAAAAAAUAUUGCAGCCGCGAAACAGAUUACAUCCAUGAUCAAGAUGUUGGGGUUUCCCCGGACUCUCAUAACAAUAGAGAGAGAUCUGCGGAAAAGUUGUCCUACAGCAACAGGAAACCAAAGAUCAGUGAAAGUAAGGGCUCUCGAUCCAGGUCGUCCUCAUCUUCGUCGUCCUCUAAGUCUCAAAUGGAUGAAUUCCCGAAGUCUGAUCUCAAAGAUGAAGGCUUUAACAGAGUUUGUCUGAGUCCAAACAAGUCACUUGGAUCUGCUGAGAAAGAAACAACAUGGAGAGGAUUUCAAGUACGAUUCCGUGGAAGGGGGUGGAAGAGAGGGAAUCACCAGGAAGACGAUUCACAUUGCAAUGAAGACAUGGCCAAACAACCCAAACAUGAAGACUGGGAUCCCGAAUAUCCUCCAAAUAGCAGAACAUACUACUUGCACGAUGACAGAGACAGUGAGGCAGACUCCAAUUGGACGGAAAUUCGAGGGCGAGGACGUGGCAGCUUCACCCAUGGACGAGCAAGAUUUAUCAUACGCAAAACCAACGCCAACCCAAACGUCCAAUGCUCCAAAUGGGCCCACAAUAAGUUCAACAAGGUUAACGGAGAAGAGAAAAGUGGAGAACAGGAAGACGGGUCGGGACCAUAAAGAUGGAAAUACUCAAGGGUCAACACUGACAUCUUAAGAAUCUUAAACUGUCUUCUUCUGAGUGGACUACUGUUUCAAAUGCCUCCUGUACUCACGCUGUACCUCUAGAUCUUCUAGACUUUUUUUUUUUUUUUUGAAGUGCCAAUCACAUUUGUGCCUCAAAGUAAUGUUUUUUUUUUCCGGGCGUUAUCCCAUUUGGAUUCAAGCGCAAAUCAGCACGCUGUCCUUAUUAUGAUCGUACAACACAGACGAUGUGAAGGGGGACCAAACUGUAAGCAUCAUAUUUACAAUAGGAUAGCAUAAAGCAAACGAUCUGAGCUUUUAUUAUGCUAGUCACAUUGUUACAUUUUUGGAUUUAUCUUCUUCACAUGAUGUGCUUUAGGAAAACACGUUAAAUAUAUACAUCACUUCGUUUGUUGACGGAAGUUUUGUGUUGCGUAAGAGAACUUAGAUUUUAGUCAUUGUGUGCUAAUGUGUCAACAAUGUCUACAGGUGGAGGAUGAGGUAAAUUAAUACUGCCAAAACAUCAGGAAUUUUUUUUAUAUAUUUUGGAGGGGAAACUAAGUACAGCUAUAAAAACUUAGCGUCUUAACAUCAUUUGUUUACAUCUGUUUAUGUCAUUCGAGUGUACCAGAAGACUUGGGAUGCAUACAUUAAAUUCAUUCAUUCAUUUUCUAACGCUUUUCCUCACGAGGGUCGCGCUGGAGCCUAUCCCUGCUGUCUUUUGGGCGAGAGGUGGGGUACACCCUGGACUGGUCGGCAGCCAAUCACAGGGCACAUAUAGACAAACAACCAUUCACACUCACAUUCAUACCUAUGGACAAUUUGGAGUCACCAAUUAACCUAGCAUGUUUUUGGAAUGUGGGAGGAAACCGGAGUACCAGGGGAAAACCCACGCAUGCACGGGGAGAAUAUGCAAACUCCGCUAACCACACGACCGCCGUGCAGCCCGGUCAAAAAUAUGUAUACAAAAAAAAAGUGAAUGAUGCAGUAAUACUGAUACAAAGUGAUGUGCUGUGAUAAUGCUGGAGUUAUGAAACAAUGUCAUUUAAAAAGGUACGGUAGUAUUUGUGUUCACCCGUGUGAUUUGUUUUUGUCAAGAUAAACAAAUAAAUGGCUUUUUCAUUGCCAAUUGUUGCAACACCUGUAUGUCAGCCAUUUGGGGAAUUUGCUAUGUUUUUCACGUGUGUAUCUCGUGUUCUUGGAGGACAUGCUAAUUAAUUAA